AUGACAAGUCCAACUCCUAAUAUCAAUAAGGCCCACUCCAUGCUAAUUGAAAGAGAGAGGCAAAGGUCAAUUGUCAAUUCAGGAGAAAGAGUUGAAUUAGGAUCCAUGUUGGCAAAGAGAGGAAACUCUCACCACAGACCACCAAAGAAUUGGAAUCUUCAAUGUGAUCACUACAAGCUUAAAGGUCACACAAAAAAUGUACGCUACAGAUUGGUUGGAUACCCACCAAGAUAUAAAGGAAAGAAGAAGGAAAAGUUUCCAACUGCAAACAAUGCUCAAAAUGAAGACGCUAGUACCCAUAGGUAUCAAGGAGAAGCUACUGCCUGUAAUGCUCAAAAUGAGAAUAUACAUCCAAAUGUGUGUGCAGGGUUCAAGACUGAAUGCUUAACUGGAAGAGGAGAUCUUCAUAGAGCACCAUACUUGACUGAGAAACAACAGGACAAGAUCAAAAUGAUGCUUGAUAAUGAUAAACAACCAGAUUACAUGGCUCAUAUCACAGCUUCAAAGAUAAAUAGAGUGUUCAAUUGUUUUGUCUCUUUUUAUCCUGGUUCCCGCUUGUUCCAAGACCUUACCAAUGGGAUCUCGAAGGGGAUUGGUAAGGAGAGUGAUUGUUUAUACAUAAUGUUCUCUCCACCACAUGACACACAUUCUGAUAAUUCAAUUGGAGAAGUUUACAUAGUUCAUGUUGCAAAGAAGAGACAGGAAGAUAUACUGUUGUGGCAUAGAAGGCUUGCUCAUCCUUUUAGUGUUUCGAUGAAGCAUUUGCUUGGUUAUAAACUAAAUGUUUGGGGGCCAUAUCAUGAUGAAACUCUUGAUGGGAAUAAACACUUUCUGACUGUUGUUGAUGACUUCUCUCAUGAUAUUGUUCAAAUGAUUAGAAUAGAUAAUGGUGGUGAGUUUAUAAAUUCUGAGAUGCAAAAACUUCUUCAAGAACAUGCUUAUGUUAUUAAUAAAUUAUCAUCAACAGUCUUUGGUGGUAAAUCUCCCGAUGAAUUGUUUUUUGGGAAACCACCUUCAGUUAGUCAUCUAAGAACUUUUGAAUGUUUGUGUUAUGCUAGUGCUUUACCUAGAAGGGAUAAAUUUGCUUCUAGAGCAGUGCCUUCUGUGUUCGUGGGGUCUUCUCUUGAGCCUGUUCCUCAGGUUGAUCAGAUUCUUCGGUCUUCUAAAUCAUUUACUCCUAGUGACAUUUCCUCUAUUGUUGAUUCCCCUACCAUUGUGACUAUAGAACGUGUUCAUUUGCCUAUACAGUCUUCUAGUUCACCACAUUAUUCUCCAUCUUUUGUUGUUUCCCAUACAUCUCCAGAUAUAGUCUUGCCUAUGUCCAAUCCUCUUCAACCUAGGAGGUCUCAAAGAAUCUCUAAGGCACCUCUUUGUCAUGUUGAUUGUGUCACAAAAAAGGCUGCUCAUGUUAUUUAUCCACUCAGUGCAUAUUUGUCCUAUGAAACUAUUUCCCCUUCUCAUCAGGUUAAGUUGCAGGCUUCUGGUGAGGUGGAGAGAUUUAAUGCCAGGCUGGUGGCUAAGGGAUAUAAUCAGCAGGAAGGCCUGGACUACCAUAAAACAUUUUCCCCUGUGGUCAAGAUUGCCACUGUGAGAAUUGUUUUGUCACUGGCUGCUCAAAAUAAUUGUCAUAUUCAACAGCUAGAUGUUUAUAAUGCUUUUCUUCAAGGUGAUUCAGAUGAUGAGAUAUACAUGCAGUUUUCUCAGGGUUUACCAAGUCAGGGGGAGUCUAGUGGUGGCACUGUGUGUAGACUUGUUAAAUCCCUGUAUGGGUUAAAACAGGCUAGUAGACAGUGA